AGAGAGAGAGAGUAAAAACGGGGACGACUUUGUUAAGCGGUGUGUCUUCAAGUGUCGUGCAUGCAUUUUAUGCAUCUGUUGCUUUGCAUGCACUCUCUCUCUCUCUCUCUUUCUCUCUCCUCGCUGUUUCUCUCUCUAUAUCGCCCCUAUUAUAUGCAUAUACACAGUUAUAUACACGCUUUCUUGGUCUUACCCAUAGACCCAUCUCUCAAUCCCGCAGUUUUUUUUUCCUCUCUCUCUCACUCGCCGAUAACACAGAAAACCAGUUGACUCCUUCUCUUCUUCAGGUUUUACUGUCACCUAAAACCCCCUAUGAUAACGUUUUAGGUUUUGGGUGGGUCGGGGUAAUUGGAGUAAAUAACUCAGAGUUUGAUAUCCAAAUGACUGCGCUGUUUUCGAGAUUUGGUUUGUAAAUUGAGACGAGGGGGUGGUUGAAAGGGGCUGGGGAGUGAUAGAAAAUCCUGGACUGAAAAAAUGGGUUCGAAGAUUUGCAUGAAUGAGUCUUGUGGGGCGACCAAUACGCACGAAUGGAAGAACGGUUGGCCCUUGAAAUCCGGUGGAUUUGCCUCUCUCUGCCACAGCUGCGGAUCUGCCUACGAGAAUUCAGUUUACUGUGACUCAUUCCACCAAGAGCAAACUGGUUGGAGAGAUUGCAGUACUUGCGGCAAGCAUAUCCAUUGUGGAUGCAUAGCCUCUAAGUCUUUGUAUGAGUUCCUGGAUAUUGGGGGUGUAGGAUGUACAAGUUGUGCAAGCAGUUCUCAACAUAGUUCGUUACGGAAUGAUGAAACUCCUAAGGGAUUUGGUGGAUCACAAAUAAGUAAUGGUGGUGAUUCACAGUCAACUUCCAUCCAGAACGGAGUGGUUCAUGGUGGUGUUGAUGAGGGAAGAUUGAUGCAACUGUGCAAAAUCAUGGAGGCUAAUGAAUCCAACCUCUUGCCGCUGCCUCAGAGAUGUGAGACAAAUGUAUCUCUUGCACAAACUAAACGAGAUGAUGUCAUUCAUCAAAUGGGAGAAAUUGGUCCAGGUUUUUCGGGUGUGACUCAGUCAUCAAUUGGAUCGUUAACAUUUGCCAAACCAGACAAUGGGAGAACAAUGCUAGAGGUUAAAGAUAUGCAUGAAUCUUGUGCUCAGCCAUCUUUGAACAUGACUUUGGGACCGUCUGGAUCGUCAAAUUUUAUACUACCUUUUUCUGGUGGGGUUGUAGAUUUAAGAGAACAUAGCAAACAACCUUCUUCUUUUCAACAAGGACAAAGAUCUCGUCCUAUAUUUCCCAAACCCUUGAAAUCUGGCCUCACUGGUGGUUCAGAGACAAACAAAAGUGCGAUUACUCAGAUGCGUAUUGCUAGGCCACCUGGUGAGGGACGGGGGAAGAAUCAGUUGCUUCCCCGAUAUUGGCCAAGAAUUACCGACCAAGAACUGGAGAAGUUAUCUGGAGAUUUGAAUUCCACUAUUGUGCCUCUGUUUGAGAAGGUGCUGAGUGCCAGUGAUGCUGGUCGUAUUGGUCGCUUAGUUCUUCCAAAAGCAUGUGCUGAGGCUUAUUUUCCUCAUAUUUCUCAAUCAGAAGGCCUUCCUUUAAGGAUUCAAGAUGUGAAGGGAAAUGAAUGGACAUUUCAGUUCAGAUUUUGGCCCAAUAACAACAGCAGGAUGUAUGUUUUAGAAGGCGUAACUCCUUGUAUACAGACUAUGCAACUGCGAGCUGGUGAUACUGUCACGUUUAGCCGGAUAGAUCCUGGAGGCAAACUUGUCAUGGGGUUUCGAAAGGCAUCAAACUCUGUAGAUAUGCAGGAUGCUGAAACAUCAGUCCUUCCAAAUGGAACUCCUGGGGAAACAUUUUUGUCUAGUGUUCUUGAGAACAUGCCUGGAGGAAGUGGUCAGUCAGGCCAUUUUCAAACAAAUAAAGGAAGCAAGGAUCCUCGACUAAUUGCUCUAUCAGAAAAUUUGCAUUUGGCUGAUGAGGAUAUUGGAUUGCAUAAAUGUGACAGCAAUGGUGAUUCCCUACAGCAAUCAUUGUCAAAUUCCGAGAAGAAGAGGACUCGAAAUAUUGGGUCUAAAAGUAAGAGGCUGCUCAUGCAUAGCGAAGAUGUUCUGGAGCUGAGACUGACGUGGGAAGAAGCACAAGACUUGCUUCGUCCACCCCCUAGUGUCAAGCCCAGCAUUGUGACUAUUGAAGACCAUGAGUUUGAAGAGUAUGAUGAGCCCCCAGUGUUUGGAAAAAGGACCAUAUUCAUUUCCAGGCCAGCUGGGGGGCAGGAGCAGUGGGCUCAAUGUGAUGAUUGCUCCAAAUGGCGGGGCCUGCCAGUUGAAGUUCUUCUACCUCCAAAGUGGACUUGUUCAGACAAUUGUUGGGAUUCAAGCAGGUCUUUGUGUUCUGUACCAGAGGAAAUGAGCUUGAAGGAAUUGGAGAAUCUUGUUAGAGCAAACAGAGAUUUUAAGAAGCGAAAAACUGUAGAAAGUCAUAAAGCAGCCCAAGAUCGUGAGCCUUCUGGCUUAGAUGCUCUGGCAAGUGCUGCUGUUUUGGGAGAUAAUGUAGGUGAUCCUGGUGAAUCAUCGGUUGGAGCAACCACCAGGCAUCCCCGACAUCGCCCUGGCUGCACUUGUAUCGUAUGCAUUCAGCCCCCUAGUGGGAAGGGCAAGCACAAGCCCACGUGCACAUGCAAUGUGUGCAUGACAGUAAAGCGUCGGUUUAAAACCCUUAUGCUGCGGAAGAAGAAACGCCAAUCAGAACGUGAGGCUGAGAUGGCACAGAAGGAUGAUAACUUACACAGGGAUGAAUUAGAAAUAAAUGGCACAUCUAGAGAUGAGUUGUUGCAUAUGCAUCAUUCAGAGAAUGAAGGCAGCCAGAGCAAAAUUCAAAAUGAAGUGGGUGAGACUAGCACUGGACAAAUCGAUCUAAACUGUCAUCCCAACCGUGAAGAUAUGCAGCUAGAGGGACCAGGAUUUACUAUGAUGAACAUUAUUCAAGUUGCCAGUCUUCCAUUAGAGAACUACAUGAAGCAAAAUGGGAUUGCUAACUUGAUGUGCAAGCAACAGGGUAGUAUUGGUUCCUGUUUACUUACACAAGAUACCGGAGAAGGUGGCAGACAUGUGCCCGAUGAAGGGGGCCAUGCAUCUGUAGUCUGGGAGCGAGAGAAUGACCAAAGUUACCAUGAGCCUAAUUUAGAAUGAAACCCCAUCCAUAAAGUUAUGUUCUUUCUCUUUCUCAUAAAUUUAAUUUGUUUAUUUUACUUCUGAGGGGGGUUAUACAUCUCUGUUUCUACAGUCAACAGAAUGUGAAUUUUUGUUUAUAUUCCCUUUUGUUCAUCUUUUGAUCAAAUGAUAAUAGUCUCAUGUCUCUCUA